AAAAAUAAUACGAACAGUCAAAGGCAUAGUAGUGGCUUAACCACUAAGUAACCAUAGUGCAUAGUAGGCUCUUUAAAAGGGCAUCAGACCCAGAAGGAAGAGCCAAGCAUCUGAAUCUCAUAACAACUCUUGACAGUGCAGCAACAAAAAGUUUCAUCAAAAAUGGACGAAGAAGUAUUGUUGUUAGGUUCGUGGGGAAGCCCUUUCAGUCGUAGAGUAGAGAUGGCUCUGAAACUGAAAGGAAUCGAGUACAGAUACAUUGAAGAAGAUUUAACUAACAAGAGCCCUUCCCUCCUCAAAUACAACCCAGUUCACAAGAAGGUUCCCGUGCUUGUACACAACGGAAAGCCAGUGGUUGAGUCACUUGUUAUUCUCGAAUACAUUGAUGAGACCUGGAAAGACCAUCCCAUUUUGCCCAAAGAUCCUUACGAGAGAGCCCAUGCACGAUUCUGGGCUAAGUUCAUAGACGAAAAGAGCUCGAUUGCAGGAUUUAAGGCUUGCUGCUGGGGUGAAGAGAAAGAGCGUGAGAAGGCUAAGGAAGAAGCAUUUGAGAAACUACAAUUUCUAGAAAAUGAGCUCAAGGAAAAGAGGUUUUUUGGUGGAGAGAAUAUAGGACUGGUAGACAUUACUGGUAACAUCAUAGGCUACUGGCUUGGAGUUUUUGAAGAAGCUUCCGGGGUAAAGUUAUUGACAAGAGAGAAAUUUCCCAAACUUUGCAAUUGGGCAGAUGAGUUUGUGAGUGCAAGUGCCAUCAAGGAAAAUCUACCUCCUAGAGACAAACUACUUGCCACUUUACGACGUCGCUUGGGGGGCGCUAAUGCUUCAAAAUAGGUGAACUUUACACUUGCCAAUCAUAGUUGGUUCACAUUACUGCAUAAUAAUUGACUUUUUUGCCAUCAAUGGGGUUCUUAUGUACUAUGUAGUUUCAUAUAAUUUGUCUGUAAUAGUCUAUAUGUUAGUUUGCGCCCUGUACUUGUUACCCUGUUGCAGUAUUUCUAUACGGUGUUCACUACUCUUGGAUGAGUAAUUCUUAGAUAUUCCCGCAUUAUAGAGAAUGAUACUCUCUCCUCUUACAUUUACGGUGGGGUCCGCUCAUUAAAUUUAUGGUGGAGUCCACCAUGAAUGUAAAAGAAGGAAGCACCAUUUUUUCAUACUCUGAGACUAGUUAAGAAUUUUUCUUCUUAAAUAUCCUGCCAUUUAAGAAUUACUAUGUAAUGUAAAAGAAGUGCUAUUAAACUAGUCUUCAACAUGGCAUUUGAAUUUUUCCCUACUAUUAAAAUUUCAUUAGUUGCAGACUUGCAGUGUAGUGUAGUAUAAGGGUAGAUAUUUUCAGUUGACCGGAAUAUGAAAUUUGAAUUUAUUCCUUUUGGUGUUAGGAGACUGUUCAAAGGUUGACAACUUGAGAUGACUUGCACUUGGGAGUCUUGGAUAAA